AUGGUGCCCCUUCCUCUAUUCAAGCUUGCCUCGCUGUUUGUGAAGCACAUUUCCAAAUAUGGAGCGAACAGCAUCAAAGCCCAAGCUCACGAGCACCCCCGGUUUCGGGCCUUCGCCGCCCGCUACGGCCAAGCGAUCCACCAGCUGAACAUGCGGCUCAACGUGGCCGUGUUACGAGACCCCGAAGCCGAGCGUCGCGCGCGGGAGAAGGCCGAGGCGCCCACGGUCAAGACGGAGGAGCAGCACAGGCGCGACGAGGCCUUCAAGGCCAAGCACGGCGCCGAGCCGGUGGCGUCGCAGCGCCGGAGGUUCCCCUUCUUCCCCAGCGUGUGGAGGCGCAAGUUCAGGCCCCUCCCGGAGGCCAAGGCCGUCAGCCUGUUCGCCGACGUCAUAGGGGACGCCUUCAUCCUCAGCGUCGGCGGUGGCCUCAUCAUCUACGAGUACUGGAAGUCGUCCAAGAAGCCCGACACCAACAAGGAGCGCAUCCUGGAGCUGACGGAGAAGCUGGACGUGGUGAGCAGGCGGGAGGACCAGAGGGCGCGUGACGAGGAGGACCAGCGCAGGCGACUGGAGUCACUCGAGGAGGAGCUCAGGCUGCUCAAGGAGCAGAGAGUCAAGAGCCGCAUCUUUCCGUCGUUGAUGGGGUCCUGA